GCCUCUAUAAAGGACUCUUCUGCCUAAUCAUUGACCUUCUGCUUUUGCAACACCAUCCACAAAUCUCUCUCUUUCUUUCUCGAGGAUUGCAGCGAUGACUCGCGGUAACCAGAGAGAUCGGGAUCGGGAAAGGGCUCAGUCACGGAACCCCAAGGGCGGCAAGGGCAAAGACGAUGGUUUGACUCCCGAGCAACGCCGAGAAAGGGAUGCUAAGGCGCUUCAAGAGAAGGCAGCCAAGAAGGCGGGACAGGCGGCCUCGGGAGGAGGUGGCGACGCCGGAGGUAAAAGCACGAAGAAGUAGUAUAAGCUUGUUAAAUCGAGAUUUUAGGUGCUUUAUUGUCAAUGGUUGAAUUUCAGAAAGGGUUGGAUUUGAUGCCGUAGUCUGAUCUUGAACAAAUAUGUGUUCUCUUUGAGAUCUGCUUGUUAAUUGACUUUUUGAUCUUGAAAUAUUGGCUUAUGGCGUAUCAUUACUUGUACUAUUUGUUAUAUUAGUAUUUCGAUCGGUGUGAUUUCAGAAGAUUAUAAUUC